AUGGAGAAACUAUGUGAAUCCAACGGGCAUGCAGGGAAUUACUCAGACUGUACAGUGUGCCAGGUGGAGGACAGUAAAUCAAGUGGCAAGCCUAGGGAAAGGCAGGGAUGUGCCCAGUUUCUCAAGAAGAAUGCCAUAGUGAUCCUUACUGUGUCUGGGGUGCUGGUUGGGGUUGGUCUGGGCACAGCUGUGAGGGGUAUGAACCUCACCAAGGCUCAGAUGACUUAUUUUGCUUUCCCUGGAGAGAUGCUCCUCAGGAUGCUGAAGAUGAUCAUCUUACCUCUGGUGGUGUGCAGUUUGAUCUCAGGGGCGGCCAGUCUGGACACUAGGUCGCUGGGCAAGCUGGGAGGAAUCGCAGUGGGCUACUUUUUGGUCACCACCCUGAUGGCCUCAGGUUUAGCCAUUGCCUUGGGCUUCAUCAUCAAACCAGGUGCUGGGGCCGGUGCCCUGAACUCUAACGCCCUGGGAAUAGAAGAACCUCUGACAACCAAUAAAGAAACUGUGGACUCAUUCUUAGACCUGGCCAGGUAACUAGAGGUUUUGUUUAACUACUUUGAGAUUCACUAGAAAAAGUCAGGUUCUGUUUGUGUGAUCUUUCUGUUUGUGUGUGUUUUAAUAUUCGAAUGUUUUUAGUUAUGAUUCUUAUUACUUCACUUAAUUUUGUCUUUGGACUGAGUUGGAGAACAUGUAAUGGUGGUUGCUCAGCCAUCUAUACAUAGUAUCUAUCUAGGAUGGGGAACCACAUGGCAAGAUACUGUACACCAGUUGGCAAGCCGACCGACAAUACCACGUUAAAGGAACUUGAAAUAGAGAAUGUCUUGCAUCACGUUUGUAGAGUUUACAGGUGUGGGUUUUCUUGUGGGAGCGGACAUGUGAUUGAUUGUCAGCUCUGCUUCCAAGUCUCCCUGCUGUUUGUUUAUAGCUUCACUCUGCCACUGUGCAACUGCAUCAGGGUCUGUUGGAGGGUCUGCUUUGUCUGCUCUCAGUUGUUUUGUGAACAGUUUACAACGAAAAAAAAUGACACAAAACAAAAAAAAAAUGCUGUACUAUUAACAAAUAUUACAUUCAGAGUUUAUCCACUAAACAUCAAACUGUAAUAAACUAGAAUUUAAAGUGCAAUACUGAGAAUACUAUAGUCAGGCUGGGUUUACAGCCAAAUUGGAAAAUGUUUCCAAAUAUUUGCUUAUAUUUUGCAGUUCAGGUUUCAAUUGCCAACAAUUUAGUGUUUAGUGAAUGGGCCACACACUGUCAACUUUUUGCAAACAUUUAACCCCUUAAGGACCAAACUUCUGGAAUAAAAGGGAAUCAUGACAUGUCACACAUGUCAUGUUUCCUUAAGGGGUUAAACACGUUAUUAUUUGUUUUACAGUGUUCAAUAUCACAGAGAACAGAAGACACAAAUGCUGGAAAACCUGACCCAGUGGCGUUGCUUAUAAUUUGAUUAUCUCAUCUUGAAUGCAAGCUCUUUGGGUCUGGCCUCUCCUGGCUCUUUAAAACCUUGUUUUGGGGGGGGGGGGGUAACACCUAAAUUCACAAUGGGUCUAAUACGGGUCUUCGACACCAGUGGCUUUUGGUGAAUUAUUCAUUUAACCCAGUAUAACUAUCUAUAUUGGAAAAAAAAUCUCCAAUUUAUUAAGGUUGGUCUAAAUUUGUCAUAUCAGUUGCAAAUUGACGACAAGUCACUGUUAGCAAAUAGACCUCUAUAAGUCAGAUGCUAUGGAGUUUUUUUUAACACAAUCCUAAUUUUUUCUAGGAUAUUUGUUGCUCAAUGCAACUCACUGUUUAUGAUUUAUUUAGAUCAGUGGCGCCCAAAAGGAUGUUAUAGAAUGACAUCAGGGAAGCUGUCGUUUUAAAACAUCUAGGAAUCUACCUUUUUGGCACCCUAAUUAAGAUAAAGAUCAUAAUGAUUAUAAUUACAUUUCCACUUCUCAGUUUACAAAUUCAUUUUGGUUCAAUAAAAAAAAAAGCUCAAAAGUCUGGCUAAAGGAAUAAAAAAAUAGUAUUGGUUUAUUGGUAAUGAUCAAUUCAUUAUUGUAUUGUUACUUUAUUAUAAUAAGCUUUGUCUUUGUAGAAUAGCAGGUGUAUGGAAGCAUCCCCCUAUAAUGAUGCAAUCUCCUUCUAUGAUUUCACUGCUCAUUGAUCCCCUCAGUCUUAGAGAAUGAUGAACACUGCACAGUAACUCAGCCAUAGAGAAGUGUCUGCAGAUUUCAAAAAUAAGGAAGCAAGAAUUCAGAUAUGCUUGAAAUUAGUAUUGGUAUUUAAACCAAUGCGUGAUAAGAAAAGAUGUGUAGAUCCUGCAUGACACACAAAGCAUUACUCAUGAGAUAAAUUGAUUAUAUAGAUUUAAGCAACAAAACAACAUUCCAUGAGAUGGGUUUAGGCGAGCAAGCCAGAGAGAUUACUGUGUUAUACAUACAGAAUUUUCUAAAUAACUAAAAUAAUGAAUUAUGGUGAUUUAAACAUUUGUUUUUUCAAAAUCGCUACUUUUAGGCCAAAAUAGUUUCACUGGUAACAAUGAAGAAUUCUGCUGGUUUUCAAACAUAACUAUUUGGGCCUAGUUUUUGCAAGCUGUGCAAAAUUAUGUAUAUAAAAUUAGUAUUAUAUAAAUAAAAUGAUAUAUACAUACCGUAUUUACUAGAAUCUAAUGCGCCAUUGAAUCUAAUGCGCACCUCAAUUUUUUAAACCUCGAAGCUGGCGAAUGUAAUCGGCAUUUAUACAAGAAGAUACUACUAUACAUUAUGCUUCAAUAAAAAAGGUUUAUUGCCAUAUACCAUAGUAACAUUGAUGGUAUUUCAAUUUUUGUGUUACAUGCUAAGUCUAUUCUUUCUUAAAGGGACACUAUAGUCACCAAAACAACUUUAGCUUAACAAAGCAGUUUUGGUGUAUAGAGCAUGCCCUUGCAGUCUCACUGUUUAAUUAUCUGCCAUUUAGGAGUUAAAUCACUUUGUUUCUACAGCCCUGCAUGUGACUUGUACAGUCUUCCUAAACACUUCCUGUAAAGAGCAUCUAAUGUUUACACUUCCUUUUUUGCAAAUUCUGUUUAAUUUAGUAUUUCUUAUCACCUACUCUGUUAAUAGCUUGCUAGACCCUGCAGGAGCCUACUGUGUGUGUGUGAAUAAAGCUUAAUAUACAGAGCAGGAGAUAAAAACUUUUAAAGUAAGUUACAUCUGAUUGAAAGUGGAAACAUUUUUUUUCCAUGCAGGCUGUGUCAGUUUGCCUUUGUGAAUUCAUAGGAAUGGAAUUCGCCUGUGUGAAUUCACCAGUUUUAAUUAGCAGGAAUGCAGUUCGCCACAGAUUUCAAAUUUUGCCCCGAAUGUAAUGCGCCAUCAAAUCUAAUGCGCAUUCAAAUUUUGAAAAUGUAAUUUACCAAAAAGGGUGCACAUUAGAUUAGAGUAACUAUGAUGUAUAUAUAAUUAUAUAUAUAUACUAAUGGGUUUUCGAAAAUUCGCUAGUGUUUAGUCAGGGGGAAAAAAGAUUAUAUCUAUGUUUCCGUAAAUCGCCGUUUCGUCCGCUUCGGGAUUAGAUACAAGGCACACGUUUCACCACAUGUAGUAAAUGGGAAAUGUUUACCUAUGUUUAUGCUGGGUAGACAGUCCUGGGUACUGUGUAGAGCAGUGGUUCUCAAACCAGUCCUCAUGACCCACCAACAGUCCAGGAUUUCUGUAUUUCCCUGUUUUAUUCCAAUGGAGAUACUAACAAAACCUGGACUGUUGGUGGGUCUUGAGGACUGGUUUGAGAACCACUGGUGUAGAGGAACAUAGAGGUCAAAGUUUACCUUACAAGGGGAUGCAAAGGAUGCAUAACACGAGAUGGAAAUGGGAGAUUGCAGAUCUUUUUUAAGUCCAUAGGGUGAUUAAAAAGCAGCGUGAUGUCAGUUAGUCUGCUGUCCUAUCACUGAUUUAUUAGACUGGACUUCUAGAAUGUAUUUGUGGGGUGGCCAAGUAAAGAGUACAUCCUGUAAGCUGGUUAAUUUGACACUCCACUGCCCAAAUACAAAAACAAAAUCACUGUUUAGCACAUAGAAUGAAAACAUGCAUGCAUUUAAUUAUGCAUUUUUUUUAAUGGUGUUCUAUCUAAAACAGCUUGUAAAAGCUGCAGUUCUCUUGUCUGAAGCCUUUGCAAGCCGGCCCCAUCUAAUUGUCAAUCAUAGACUUCCCACUGCAACUCAAUGAGAAGUAUUUGCAAGGCAGGUUUUAAUACCCUUUCCAAAUGAUUCAAAACUUUAAGAAAAGAUUCAAAUUGAUUUAGCUGCAGAACUCAGUCACCAUUAAGUCUAUGAGAAUUUUUGUAUAUAAAUCAUUUGGAUUAUUUUCUCACAUUAUUAAUUUAUUUUAACUUAUUAAAUCAAGGCUAUUGCAUGUUAACUAUAUUUAUUUAGGUUUAGAAUAUAAACUGUAUAUGUAAUGCUUUCAUCAGACCUCUAAUAUAUUGGAAUAUAUCAUUGUGGGGUUUAUUUACUAAACAGGGAACUGUACAGAAUGGGGAAGGAAUUUUAAAUAAUAGGCCACAAAUAGCUUGGACUACAACAAUUAUCCAACUCCUUUAUUUUGGCUUAACAUUUCCCACUCCCAAGUCAGGGUCACACAGAUACAAUUAUUGGUCAUUACACACUUCACAGCACAACUAUUGAUUUGGUCAAUGAAUCACUAUAAGAUCCUAUGAUUGCCGGGCAUGUUUAUGUCGUGAUUGUUGUCACAUCUUGGAGGGCUAAAAUAUGCAUUUAAUAAGGUUCAUGUAUGUUAUAUAUCACAAAUGUAAAAAAUCCACCUGCAGACAAGAACAGAGUAGUGGGGGAGAGACAGGUCUUGGUGAGUAUAUCAGGAUAAAACACUGCAGAAUAAGUUGGCGCUAUAUAAAUGCCAAUAAUAAUAAUAAUCAUAAUAAUAAUAUUUAAUAAUAAUGGCACAAGUCUGUAAUAGCAUCUUGCAAUUCCCAUUGAAAUGCAGUUACUUGGUUUAGCCAGGUAACACUAAUUACUGCAUUUGUCAUUAUGCCCACAUUCUUUAAAAAAGUGUGUAAAAAUUUGACAAAUGGAAGACAUUCUGAUCAAUUCAUAAUUCAGAAAUAAAUUGGAAUAUAUUUGAUCCCAUGGCAUGGUGCAGUCAGUGUGUGUUGCACUGAGUAGAAGAACGUUCAGCUACCUUAGACAUUAUUUUUGUCUGUAGAAUGCAUGUGUAGCCAAACCAUAAAUAAAAUGAUGACAUAGAAUGUUCUCAUUGACAUCAGCUGUCUGUUAAAUGCAUUCUACGCUAAAUGGAUCCAUGAUGCUGAGCUAUUUCCGCAACUGUGUGGUUGGAAUGCCUGUGUACCUGUAUUUGCUGAUUUAGUUCAUUACUGGAUUAAAUUAUGCAAUGUGUCUCAUUUUUUAAUAUAAGACUGAUUACUACUCAAGUCAAUGAUAUUUACACAUUUUUCUUAUAGUACUAUAUUUUAAGUAGAACAAUAUAAAGAAGAAGCAAGUAGUAAUAUUGCAUUAACGAUCUUUGAAAAAAUGGCUAUUUCAGAACUAAUAUAUUGUGAACCAAUAGCAAUCAAUGGAUUAGCAUGGAAGUAUCAUUGUGCACAGUGUGAAGGCUGAGGUUCCAUAGCAAAUGGAAUGUUGGGUGCAAAUACUGCUUAAAUAUAUAUUUUUCAUUUAAUUGUUAUCAUUUACUAAAAUAUGUUCUGCAAGUACAAAUGGUACCAUCAUAAGGGAUUUUUUAUAAUAAUAAUUUAAUAAUUCAGUGCCUUAAGGGGACUCGCUAGCCUUGAAUUAUCAAUCCACUACACAUGAGGAUCCUUAAAGGAUCACUCCAAGUAUCAUAAAUGCUACAGAUCACUGUAGUGGUUAUAGUGCCUGCAAACUUCUGCAUUAUCAUGGUCAAUUCUGUCACAGCAAAAAUUGACUGAGAACGUUGGGCUAACCGACCUCCAGCAAAUCAGCUCUACUCAUGUUGGUCUAAAAUUACAUAAGUAAUGUGCAAGUGUAAAAUGUGCAUUUUUGAAGUGAGCUUUAGUGGCUAUGGUGCCAGGGGCUGAAUGCUGGACAGCCUUGGGGGACCAGGUCAAGUCGUUAAAAAAUGGAUGGCUCUUAACAGUGGUGCCGGGUGACAGGACCCCUGGCAUUAAAACCACUAGGGAGGGCUCUACGUUUUAGUGUUUUGAGUGCCCAUUUAAUGAAUAGAACUAUAUACAAUAUAGUAACACUUGCAGUGCCCCUGCAACUCCAAAUUAUAUCUGUGGUUAGCUGCUUUCUGGCCUCUUUAAAUUGAGAGUAAAUGUUAUUAUGACAGAGAUAUAUUUUGAGGCAAGAUUAGCAGCAUACCUUCUUUGCUAUGGGAAGCUUAACAUUACAUAGAAAAUAGACGUUUGGUUAAAGACAGGCUGUUUAAUUAUUGUGGGUGAGAAUUUCCAUCUCUCAUAAAGGCAGAUACAUAACUAUUAUUUUAUAUCACCGUCAAGCCAAUCUUUGCUAUACCACCCCAUCCCACUUAGCAGCCUAACUCUUCCUUCUCAGCUUUCUCUUGCUGUGUGUAUAGAGUGAGGCACAUGGAUAUGACAUCAUAUUCUGGUGCCCCAUCUCUAAUUCCAUGUGCCAACAUUUCCUCUUUCUAAGAUCAGCCAGUUAUUAUGGAGCGCAGAGCUCCUUCUGCACCUCGAUAGUCUCAAUUGUGAUGCCAGUGCGCACAGAGAACAGGGAAGAUAAUAGUUCACAACAGCAUCAUCUGUCCUUUCACUUAAGGCAACUUCCUUCACCUUCAUACUUUUACCACAACUGUGUCCCUGGAACUGAUCAUUUCCAUUUGAAACAGACAUUCCAAUCAUUUCAGCAAUGGAAAUGGUGACAUUUAAUAUUUGGAAUCUACUCAGAUGAGAGUUAAUGGUAAAUUCUAGUUCCUUGAAAAGAAUGAAAUUGCUGGAAAAUCACUUUACUGAAACAAAACAUUGGUGAAUCACAUUUUCGGUAAAUUAAUGUUCCUAUUUGUGCAUCUGUUUUAUGUUGUCUGAUGCAUUCUUCCUAGUAAACAUGACUUAUGCUUAUAGUUUGCCAAAGAGCAACCCAAAGGUAUGUAUGAAACCAACUUAUCUCUUGCCGCCAAACUGGAUAAAGGGGCACUCCAAGCACCAUAAAUACUACAGCUUAUUGAAGUGGUUGUGGUGCAGAGUCUUUGAGUUGUGUGAAAACAAAUGUGUUUCUCUUGGUACUGGCAUUGGAGAGACAUUAAAGGGAAACUGUAGGCACUGUAAACCAAUUCAUCUCAAUAAAGUGGUUGUAGUCCAUGGAGUCCGCUGGCACUUUUCUUCUGUUCCGUGUAAACGUAGCACUGUUACUUUCUGGGGCAUAGUUUGACUGUAGAUGGUUACUGCACUACUUGCAGGGGUACCAGGGAAGGUAGAUUUUACUUACCUAACCCUGUCCCUCACGGACACAAAAAUAGGAACCACUCACAGUGUGUCCUCAAAUAAAAUGUGAGAAAAAAAAGUGUAAUGAAAAAAACAGUAUUUUUUUCCUCACAUUUUAUGUGAGAACACACCAUGAGUGGUUAAUAUUUCACAUUUGUGUGCAGAUAGUUGGUGGCAAGGGGGAGAAUUUGUGGAGGUGGCUCUCUGUCCCAGAUGUUGCUGUAUUGCUUUUCAACCUAGUAGGUUAUUGGAGUGAUUUUUACUCUGUCUCCUCUCCUUAAUAUUGACUAGGGGGAUCGUCGUGGGACUUCCUAACUAACUGCCUAGCCUCCCUCUCUCACAUUAUUUCCCCUUCCCUCCUCUGGACUGCACUAGGAGGAUAGUGAUCAUGAUUUGUUGUGUGUACAUUUCAGAUUGGAUAUUGCCAGUGGGACCAUCUCGCAAUGUGUAACAUUCUUUUUGUUACAUUGUUUAAGAAUUCCAGUUGGGAGACAUGUUGUAGCCUUAGCCCACUGGGAAAACCGUAUUGUGGUUUCUGACAAAUUGCUGCCAUCUAUGAAAUGCCAUUGAAACUUAGACUCCGUUAUUCUAUAAAGAACCUUCUAGAUAUUCUUCUGUAGGAGGUUAGAUUUAUCCCCUACCACCUGUAAUAGGUGUUAUAAGCUAUUUUAUGCUAUAGGUGUUAUAAGGUAUUUUAUGCUACUUUAAUAAUCUUUUUUUUUUUUUUUACUUUAUUGAAAAACUAAGUACCUUUUAUUAAUAUAAUGAUAAUAAAGUUAUUUAUGUUUUUUUUUGUUUGUUUGUUUCUCUCUUUGUCUAAGAAUGGACUUGUUUUUUUGUCUGGUAUACCAUACAGGAAUAUUGGGCCUUAGUUAUCCAGUGUUUGGAUUUUUGGGCUAUCCCUAGUCCUAAGUUACACCUCUGGUGGUGACUCUUUUUUGUAGAAACUAAACCCAGGGGCCUACCUGUGUUUUCCAUAAUAUGCAAAUACAUGCAAUCAAGUCUCACUGCACACAUCAUUUUGACAAUUACCUUCAACCAACAGAGGGUGCUGAAAAUAUUGAAUUCACAGUCCUUGUCUUUUGUCUUGGAAGUAUUCCACCCAGGAACUAGAGCCUUCGUUGGUUAGGACAGCUGGGAGGCCUGAAUACAUAGUUAUCCAUGUAUAGUAGCUUAACAUAGCCUGUAUAGCCUGACAGACACACACAUAGCAUUUACUUAUCUCCAAGGUAGGUUGCCCAGUGUAACCCCCAUGCAUAUGGUUAAAGGCCUUAUUUAGUUUAGCUCAAUGUCAACAAUGUUCUAAGCCGCUAGAAUAGAACACUGUUGUUCCAUACCUCCCAGCAUGUCAAAUAGACUAAAAGGGACACUUAUUUUUAGUGGUGUGAGUGGAGUGUGGCCAUUGACUUACGUUGAGACUUACUAAAGAAAAUUUAUGCCACUAAAAUGUAAUUUAGAACAAGAACAAUGUAUGUGAUUCCUAAACACGUUUAUUGUAGUUUAAAGACACAUUACUGGGAGUAAAAUUGCUGAAGAUUUCUUUUAUACACUCAGACUCUGCAACAAUAUGGGACACCUAGAAAAAAGGGACAGUAGGAUAGAAAAGCGGGACAGAGGGACUUGUGCCCAAAAUAGGGACUGUCCCUCCUAAACAUAGACACUUGGAAGGGAUGUUAUUCACUGUUCACUAUACAAACUACUCAUUUUGUUAUUUUAAUCGUUCAUGAACAUUAGCUGUUUGUCAAGGUAAUACUAGGUUCUGGGCUUUAUGUUAUCAAUAUAGUAUAGUUGUAAGCCCACCAAUAUGUUUGGUUCUUAGAAUCCAUCUGUAUUUUCAUAUUGAUAUUUAGUUCUCUCCAAAGUAAGUGAAAUUAUCCAGUCAGCGCGUUUUUUCUUUCCUCAACAGUAGCCUCUCUACUUUCUAGUGAACAAAGAAUUGAGGCCCCUAGAACCCUGGCAAUUCUCCCAUUCUCCCAGUAGCUAUUUGUCAGUUGCCUGGCACUUGUUGGAGUUUAAUUUGGAAUUUUGUGGCAUUUGUGAUUACUGCUGUGCAUUGAAUGCUCUACACAUAAUUGUAUACAUUUUCUUUUACAGCUUAGAUUCAUGGACCAUAUUUUUAAAGGCACACGCCACUUGGCGUCUAUAACGACAUUUUCUUGAUCUGAAAUUGAUGUAAUGUCCACAGAGGAACAAGAUAACCCUCUCACUAUAUUACGCACAUGACAACCAGCACCCUGAAAAGGGGACAGGAACCAUAUAGACGAGACGAGGACCGCUGAGGGUUGCAACACACAAUAUUUCUUAAAAUAAAUAUAUUAUUCAAUAUAAUGCUAAUUUUAUUAAUGUAAUGAGGAGUCUAUUAACUAUUAAUCUGUUGUAUAAAAGUCAGAAAAUGAAAAUAUAAUACACACAUAAUAGUUACAAAGGAUACUGACACACACACACACAUAUUUACUCAAAGAGGACACUGACACACACACUUACACACAGAGGACACACACUUUCACUGAUUUGACACACGGGCAGACACACAGAUACACAUACAUUCACUAAGAGACACACACUUACUGACAAACACAUGCACAGAAGACACUGACACGCAAGUCACACACAGAGGACAUAUUUACGUAUAGAGGACACUGGCACACACAUAUAUGUACACAUAGAAGAAACUGACAGACAAAUUUACACACAGAGGAAACUGACAGAUACACACUCACUGACAAACACACACUCGCUGAACUCACUGCACUCACUGAUUUGACACACACUGACGCACGCUCUAACUGAUUUGACACACACUGACAGACACACUUACUCAGUCACUGACAGACACACUCACUGAUUUGACACACACUAGCCGACACACUCACUGUCAGACACAUGCACUCACUGACAGAUUUGCACUGACAAAUACACUCUCUUAUGUUGCACUGUGCAGGCCUUCAAGAUAUCUUGGGAGUAGACAUCACUCAUAUUUACUAUUUAGAUAUAACUGUAGAUACCCCAAUACACCUAGCAGCUUGGUGGUGUCAGUUUUCGCCAUGAAGGUACCCUCUAAGUCACCAAGCGUAAGUGAAAACUAGGUUUCAAAUGUAGUCACUGCACUUUAGCCCCAUGGGUUGGAUACCUAUGUCUAACAGCACAACAGCACAAGCCAGAAGAACUAGCUCAAAUAAAUGACUGGUGUAGACGUGUUCUGGCAGUGAUCCAUUUAUUUUCUGAGAAUCUAGUGUCUAGUUCACUGUUUUAAUUAAAGAUGUUAAGAUCAUGCCCAUUUACUGUCCGUGAGUUUAAACUGUAAUUUAAAUGCACAUACCAUGGCUCAGCUAUGUACAUCCAAUGUACCUACAAUCGCAUAUACAUGAUCCUAUCUGCUCCCACUUUCCAUGUGCAGUGAGGUGUUGGUUACUAUGUGGAGCAGGCCUUUGGAGACUACCCUCACUCACUGGGUUAAGCCAGCCUUGUUGGCAGUUUGGGGGUGGAGGCAUUUUAAAGAAACUCUUAGGACUCUGGUUAAUGCCCCCUCCCUGUUUUUACACCCAAGCAUAGCUGAAUAAGGAUAAUGGAUGGGGCAGGACAUGGCUGUAGACUUCACUUUUGCAGUUGUAGUAGGUACCACCAAGCGAUCCACAGUCAUCUUACCCAUGAUAAAUUCCAGCUCUUUUCUACCAUUAAGCCUCGCUUUCAGUAUAGUGUUCUGUCUGACACUACAUGUAAUGCAGAUGAAUGUCCAGUACCCUGGAAUCUAGCUGGGACUUGAGUGGAAGUGAAUGAUCACUUCGGGGGCAAGGGGACAUUUUUCUCUUGAGUAUGAGUUGGCAGCGGCUUUAAGCAUACAGCUUAAAUUAUCCUAAGGCAAUUUUUAGUGAAUUUACUGAAUACAGCACAAUAUGUAAAACACAUAAAUUGUGGAACAUAAACAAGUAAUUUGUGUAGAACUACAAAACAUAUUGCCAGAUCCAGCACGCUUUCCUGGACACAUAUUUUGGAUACAUAUUGAUGGGCAGCACAUGAAAGUAAUGCCCCGAUGUAUGUAGAAUAUUCAUAUACUGCAGACAGGACAUCAAGUCAUUAUUAAAUAAGGGAUCCAGAAACAUGUUAAUUUUACAUCACAUGAAGGGGCACUGUCGCUGACAGACCCGGUGAUAAGUGGGCAGUUAGCACAUGCUUAGGACAACAUAUUCCUCAUGUUUUUUUAUUCCAUUUAACAUGAAGGUCGUGGGUAAAUAAUAAACUAGAAAACUUGAGAAGCAGGUGCUGACAGGUGAGAGCCAACAUGUGUGUUACUUUCACACACGUAUUUACUGUACAACUAGAUCAGGUUUGUUUUCAAUAUUUCAUAAAAAAACAGAAUUCCAACAUAUAUAUAUAUAUAUAUAUACACAUAUAUAGAUAUUUUAUAAGGACAAUAAAUCCUACCAUAAUUUUUUUUUUUAUGAAUGUUAUUUACCUGCUACUCGGAUUGUGGGCAGCCGAUAAUUAGGGGUUGUUAAUGUUAUUAAAUAAUACAGUGAACUCACAAAAUAGACAGACAUGUUAUUACUAUAAUUUCUAAUUAAAGGGCCACUCUAAUCACCAUAACCACUACAGCUUAUAUUCAUUUUUGUACUUUACUCUUUCUUCUGCUGCUCAUUGUUUAUUUUUGUUUUGCAAUUAAGCUUCGGCUAUCUUCUAACUUUGCCGGGUCUAGUUACCAACUUAAAUAUCCUCAUUGUUUCCAAAAGAUACAAAUGUUAUAUGAAAUAGAAAUAUCAUUAUAUCCCUGAGGUGAGAAAAUAAUAAAGAGAUCUGCGUAUGUAGACAAUGUGUCUGUGUAUUUUCUCCAAGCAUUAGUAAGUGUAAAUGUGCAUUGGUUCUGGACAUUUAAUUCACUGCAUAUAUCCACAGUCAGGACGACCUCAGGUUCAUUUACUGAAGCUAGAAUUGGGAAUUCCAAGUGACUUCAAAAUGAACUUCAAAUUUAAGGACAAAAUAGCCAAAACCGGAAGCAUAGUAGUAACAUUUUAGCUAUUUUGCUUUAACUUUGAAAUUCAUUUGAAUUCCCAGCUAUUCUCACUUUAGUGAUUAACCCUGUAUGUAUUUUUAGCAGCUAGCUUCAAUAAAGGAUCUUUUAGAACAUAUAGUGUGUCUGCAUAUUAUAUUCAAUCCACUUUCUGUAUAAUUUUGGAUGUCUAUUAUUACUUAUUGCUGCACAGAUUUGUAAACCAGACAAAAGGUUCUGUUAUUCCCUGGUCUGCUUAGCUCAGUGGAGCCAAACUCAAGAGGCAGACAAGCAGACAAGUGCCCAGAGCACCUACUUUUCAAUGUAGCUCAAUGAGAAAUCUUUUGCAAAGUCUGUGAUUGGACAGCCACAGAAAGUCUGGGCUGGGGAAGAAGAGGAAGUUUUGCAAGGACGAGGUCUGCAACUUUUGCAAGCUUUUUUAGAUUUACCCCCAGUGAAAAAACCCAUAUUUAAAUGCAUGCAUAUUUUCAUUGUGGGUAUUUCUAAUAAAUAGUAAUUUAUUUAUUCAGUUUUAUUUGGACUGUGGAGUGUCCUUUCAAACACUGAAACAGUUGUAAGCAUGAAAUGACAUAACAAAAAUGACUAUUAUUUUUAGCAAUAUUCACUGAUUAAAUCUCGUUACAGACUCAUUGUUCUAAUUAGAGGACAUAGACAUUUUUUGGACAGGUUGAAAAGUCUCUUGCAUAAACUUCAACAGCCACCUGAUGCCUAACUGGCUCAGUGUUUGAUUAUGUGAAAUUCACGUUCAAACAAAUCAGUUCCGUUUGUUUUUUCACAUGUGUUUAACUUGGCUAAGCAUCUUUUCCUAUACUGAUGAUAUGCACUUACUGUCAUUUACAGAAACUUGAUGCCCUCUAACCUUGUUGCUGCAGCCUUUCAGUCGGUAAGAAUUAUCCAUUUAUUCAACUUUAUACAAGACACAUUGAGACUUGGGGCCUGGACCCGGUUGCACCACUUCAAACUGUUGUAUUUACGGGAACGGUUUCUAAACUGACAUGCAGUUUUAGUAAAAUUAAUUCAGAAAAGUUUUAAACAUCCUAUUAGGUAAAAGAAAAAAAGACAUGUCCAAUCCAAUAUGUUAAGGGAUGAAAUUAAGUUAAAAACUGAAGAUUAUUUCAGUGAAAACAAAACUUUAAACAAAAACAUAGAAGGUGGAAUACCGAGGGUUAAUGUGCGGGUUAAUGUGCAAAAGUGUUAAAAACAGUAAAUACCAUUUACUGAAAGGGUAGUGAAAAUCCUGAAACAACCUUGUCGUGUGAUGAGAAAAUCAAGAUUGAUCUUACAAUGUACAUUGAAAAACAUAUAGGAAUGAGGUUUAAAAUUGAGCAAACUAGACUUAAAGGGACACUAUAGUCACCUGAACAACUUUAGCUUAAUGAAGCAGUUUUGGUGUAUAGAACAUGCCCCUGCAGCCUCACUGCUCAAUCCUCUGCCAUUUAGGAGUUAAAUCCCUUUGUUUAUGAACCCUAGUCACACCUCCCUGCAUGUGACUUGCACAGCCUUCCAUAAACACUUCCUGUAAAGAGAGCCCUAUUUAGGCUUUCUUUAUUGCAAGUUCUGUUUAAUUAAGAUUUUCUUAUCCCCUGCUAUGUUAAUAGCUUGCUAGACCCUGCAAGAGCCUCCUGUAUGUGAUUAAAGUUCAAUUUAGAGACUGAGAUACAAUUAUUUAAGGUAAAUUACAUCUGUUUGAAAGUGAAACCAGUUUUUUUUCAUGCAGGCUCUGUCAAUCAUGGCCAGGGGAGAUGUGGCUAGGGCUGCAUAAACAGAAACAAAGUGAUUUAACCCCUAAAUGACAGUGAAUUGAGCAGUGAAAUUGCAGGGGAAUAAUCUAUACACUAAAACUGCUUUAUUUAACUAAAGUUAUUUAGGUGACUAUAGUGUUCCUUUAACAAUUGGUUCCGUCUACUAUAUAUUUGUUUCAGGAUAUCAUAGAUCAAAUACUAACGCAAUAAGAACCAUACCUCCGAACAUUCUAAAUCACUUGACUUUGAGACUCUUUAAUAUUUAGCCUAUAUUAGCUCAUCACAAACAUUAAUGAAUGUUUUCCUUUCAUCACAUUGUCUCUGAAACAAUUAAAUGAAAAUCGGUCAGCUGUCCUAAAUGUAGAAUGAUGGGUGCCCACGCCAUGUUACAUAUUCUGAUUAACCCUGAGAAAAGGUUCUGUAUUUGGUGUUAGAUGCGGAUUAGUAAAUCUAUGUGUAUAGAUUUUAGAACUAUGUGAUUGUGUAACUGCUUACCUCCAAUGUAAAAUGUGCUUAAAGACAACUACUUUUGCCUUUACAGUAUGCCACUGACUAUGUAACUCAAACACGGAACACUACUGAAGGAGUGAUUAUUGAAAAGGUGAGUUCAUAGAAAUUCAUAUAAAAUAGGUUAUUUUGACAAUUAAUAUAUUCAUCAGGACAUGCUAUAUAAAAUGCCAUUUAAUGAAAGACUCUGGUGGAAUAGAUGAAAAAUCUAAGUUUUUUAAAGUACCCAGAAUCCCCUGGGUUGCUAUUCAUUAAAAAUUACUAAUACCAGUUUUAUUAGCAUGCCAUUUCUUUAUUAGAGAAGAUGACAUGGUUUACAGAUAAAAUGAGGGUAAGUGCCCUAACCUAUUGAAAACAAAAGACAUAACACAUUUCCAUGACAGUUUUCCAGGUUAAACCACGGAAGAUAUAUUUUAUGUCUGCACAUAUGCACCCCAAACAUUUUGUGUCCCUGUAAGAGAGUUGCAUGGAAAGAAAGGUAGGAUAUUAGAAACUAGGUUAUGGACCCCCAGAGAUUUCAGAUUAUUUUCUUUGUUUUUUAAGGUGUGCAUGCUGUACUAUGUCCUGGGUACAAUUUAGUAGUGAUAAUUAUAUUGUGGGGACAAUGUAGUUAACUUAACUUGGAGGUCCAAGGUGUUCCUAAUUGUCUUACACCAUUUAGAUUCUUGGUCUCCACUUAAAAAAAAAAAAAAAAGAAAAGUUUUUAUUCACCCCUUUUCCAGCGCUGCGACUCUCUGUCCAGCUGACCGCUUUGCCUCUGGCGACAUCUUUCUGGAGGCUGUCUCGUCUUUGUCUUCUUGUCCAAUCCAAUGCUUUUCAUAGAGAAGCAUUGGGUACGAGAAGCGCUGUCCUGAGUGGGAGUGAUGUCAGGCAAGGAAGUGCAUGCCGAGGUCAGAAAAGAGGCAGGCUUUAACUUUUUUCUAUCUUUUUUUUCUUUAAUAGUUUAGGAAUAGUUAUUGCACCACACCAGAAAGGGUUUCUCUAAGCACAACCAGUGUUUUUGGUCUUAAUAAACUUUUACGCAUUACUGUGAUAAAAAUAAUACAAAUCUGAAGUCAUUCUGACAACCCAACAAAUGCGUAAAACACACUUUGGAUGCUGCUAUCAUUCAAACCUUCCAUUAUGACUAAUAAUCCUAAGUACUUUUUAUUAAUUUUGCAGAAAAUACAAAAUGUUACUUUAGCUUUCAAGUCAUUUCUCAUAAAACCUCAUGUGAUAUUCUAAUUAUUGUCACUGACCUUCCUGCCUGAGUAAGACAAUGCUUAUAUGUGCAUACUGAUUUCUGUUUUACAUGGCAGACCAAAAUCACAAUUAUCUUAUUAGAGUAAUCACUCUCUUGCAUUUAAUGACCCGCAGUCCGGAGUUUUACAGGAAACUGGAAAUGAAUGCACAUUUAAUAUAACAUCACAAUGUUCUUUCUUUUAUCUCAGAAGAAAUAGCAGUCAUUUUAAUGAUGCAAACAAUACUUUGGAUUUAGCUGCAGAAUAAUUACGAUGAAGGCACUCUAGAUUGGUAAAUAUAUUAUAAGAGAAAUUAUAUGGGUGGAUUAAUCAACGUGCUCUGUUUUAAAAAGGGGCAACAUGUAAAAGGGGAGGAGUCACCAAUGCAAUGUUCCUGCUGGUUUCACUGGUUUCCAUGGUGAUUGUCCAACUUUUAUUACUUAACAUGACAUUUUAGAGCAGAACUCAUUCCUAAAGCUCCCUCUUUAUCUGUUAGCUUUUGGGUAGUUUAAUUAGGGUAAAUUAUUGAGUUAAGUGCAAAAUAACAAGUAAUUACCAUGGACACCAAUAGAACGUUUCUCAACAUUUAGCGCUUUGCACCCAAAAUAUCAUCUGUUUUACCUUGGUAAAUCUCCCCUUUUAUGUCUAUUUUCUACACACUGAAUGGUGGGGGAACUAAAAACUCCAUAGCAAAUUUCAGGGUAACCUAGCUGUGAUUGACACCUUAGACACAACUAAGUAAUUCCUAAAUCCUGGACUGUUAGGGAGUACUUGAGGACUGGGUUUGAAAUCACUGGUCUAGUGAAUCAUCACCUAUGUGUUCUUUUUUUUUGUGUGUGUAACGGUAUGUUUUAUUGUGAGAGAGGUUUAUUUAAAAAAUAUAUAUUUUUUUUUUCUUACAUGGAGCGUUGAGUUAAAAAAAAAUAUCCUGAGGCUAGGAAAGCAGUUCCAAAAUACCUACCUGCUUCUUCCCCCCUCGCAAACCGUGUGUGUUCUAAUCCUUCCCAUCAGAAACCAUGGACGCAGGUGUGAACUAUAAAAUUAGUCUGUUCAGUGCUGGUCGGACACUUAGACAGCAAUCUUGUUAUGGACAAAAUACUUGAAUGGAUAAAAUGUAUUUUUUACUCUGUACAUGUGUGCUCAGUAACUAUUUCCACUGUAAAUUCCUCCCAUCCGGCUACCCUCCCCCCUUCCCAUCGAGCAAGCCUCGUGUAACAAAUUCCUGUGUUAAAAGAACAGCUUCCUUUACUAACUCCUCCCCCACUUCCUUUGUGCAACUAACAGCUAUGUGCCACGUGUUACAAAAUGGAGAAUCGCUGUUAAAGUAACUGUUUCCCCUUCAGCCCCUCUCUGUUCAGUAACUACUCACUCCCCCUCCCAUCGUGUAACCAAGAUGGAGCUGGAAUGUGGGUGGGAGAACUAUACUGUAUGUUAACCGUGACUCUGUACAUGACGUAUUUCUGCUUUAAAAGGGGCUCCCACUCCGUGGAAUAAAGCAUUCCUCAGGUUUUUCACUAAUCAGAAACUUUGUCUCCGGUGUGAAUACUUCUAGGAAGAGCGUGCACGCAAUUAAUUAAUCAAUUUGGAAGGAGUAAAUAGACAAAUAAUGAAAGUUUGCUUUGAUCUAAAUCAAUCUUAAAGUAGGACUCUAGUAACCCUAACCUCUACAUUUUUUAUUGUAGUGGUUAUAGUACAAUGAGUCUUUGAGUGACACCAACAUGUCGAGAAAAUUGGGGUCUAUUUGCUCAAUUCAUGCAGACAUUUUCCUUCAACAAUAUCUGCCUAAUGUUGCUCAAUCAUAUUUUGUUUCACCCAGCCCUCAAAUUAAGAUUAUUUAAAUGCCUCAGUGUUCAUCAAAAUCCAUCCAACCUUGGGUGGCAAAGGUAGGUUCCGAGCACAGGGUUAGAACACAGAUAACACAAAUUAUUUUAUGCAAAGAUACAGAUGUACUGGAAAUAUAUUUUUUACAAUGCUGGUUCUAUAGAAUGGUCAGUCACACACUGACUUCAAGAUGACCUGUCCUGCAAGCAUUUAUAGCAAGCCUGGGCUUUCCAGCCAUUGUUGGACUACAUUUCCCAGAAUUCUGUCUGGCUAGAAAUAGGUGGCCAUGAUUUCACACUUCUGAUUUAUAGAAUAUUUCCAAUAGUACUGAGGAAAUAACAUCGUACGAUGUAUUUUAAACGCACUGCUGUAAUUUGCAUAAUUAAAAUUCUAGUACUGCAGGAGACAACUAACAUACAAUGUCAUACAAGUGCCAUGUUCAAGAAGCAGUACACCGAAAUGACACAUAUGGUGUUUUUUUCAGAUCCCUGUAGGUACAGAAGUUGAUGGAAUGAACAUUUUGGGGCUGGUCCUCUUUGCACUUAUUCUGGGCGUGGCCUUGAAAAAACUGGGUCCCGAAGGGGAAGAACUUAUUCGUUUUUUUAAUGCUUUCAAUGAAGCUACAAUGGUGAUUGUGUCCUGGAUUAUGUGGUAAGUUAACCGUACUAGAAACUAACUUACAGUUAAAUGGAAACUACUGUAAGCCGCGGUGCAGAACUGGUUAAAAACCCUUUCUGUCACUUACCUGAGUCCAGCGCUGAUGUCCCUCAGCGCUGGCUCGGGUCCGCCUCCACUCCUCUCCCACCGAUAUCAGCCGGCGGGGCAUACUUAAUGGGCAUGCAUGGCAAUGGUCAUGCUCGCAUUGGCUCUCCCCAUAGGAAAGCAUUAUGCAAUGCUUUCCUAUGGGGAUUUCAUUGACGUUGGAUGUUUUCGUAACCUAGACACUUUUACAUAUUAUUCUGUAACAUCUUCACCUAUAGACCUAGAUACUUUAAUUUAUAUCCCAAAAACAUCUUCACCUAUAGACCUAGAUACUGUUACUUAAUAUCCCCAAAACAUCUUCACCUAUAGACCUAGAUACUUUUGCAUUACAUGCUGUAACAUCUUCACCUAUAUUCUUCUAUAGGUAGAAGAUGUUAGUUCUAUAUGUAGGCCUUUAGACCAGGGGUGUCCAAAAGGUAGAUCCCUAGAUGUUGUACAGCUACAACUCCCAUGAUGCUUUGCAUGUCUUUAGCAUGCUUUAGAACGACAAAACAUCAUAAAAGAUGUAGUUUAGAAACAUCUGGGGAUCUAACUUUUGGGCACCCCUGCUCUAGAUGGCGUUGUCACCAACAAGUCCACUCCAGGCAUGCAUGUGACAUAGGAUGCAAUGAAUACAAUGAAUUUAAGUCUGAAUUUGACCAAAAUUUAUUAUUCAAACCCCCCCUGUUAAUGUCAUUAUCCAGAGACUCAAGGUGUUUGCGCAUGGACCAGAUACCUAAACUGCAUGGCUAACAUAUAUCCAGCAAAUAGCAGAUUGCAGAUUUCAUAGUCCUUAAAGCUGGCAAAGCAACAUCUGAGUGAUAGUUCUACAACACCGGGGUUAUUUUUGCCAACCCUGAUACGCAUAAUGCAUGAGGCACCCAAUUUUAAAAGUCCAUGUGUAAUGUUUGUGUCGACUUUUUUCACGUGUUUUUAUUCAGGUAUGUUCCCGUUGGCAUAAUGUUUCUUGUCGGAAGCAAGAUUGUGGAAAUGGGGGACAUUGUCCUGCUGGUGACCAGCUUGGGAAAAUAUAUAUUAGCUUCAAUCUUGGGUCACGUUAUUCAUGGAGGAAUAGUGCUCCCACUUAUUUAUUUCGCGUUUACACGUAAAAACCCUUUCACAUUCCUAUUAGGGUUGAUCACACCCUUUGCAACUGCGUUUGCAACAUCUUCAAGGUAAGUUUGUUCAAAAUUUUGUAAUUCUUUACAUUUUAAUAUAUUUGUUUUUCUUUCCUAAAACAUUUGAUUGUUUUAAAUGAAAUACAAGGACAUAAUAGGUGUCAAUAAUACAGUGCCGAUUACCCUAAAAAGUAGCCUACAAGAAAAACUAUUUUGUUUUGUCUUUAGAAUAAGCAGGGGGCAGACAAUCUUCAGCACUCCAGAUGUUGUGGACUACAUCUACCAUAAUGCUCUUACAGUCACAAUGCUGGCAAAGCAUCAAGGGAGAUGUAGUCUGCUAUCUGGAGUGCCAAAGGUGCCUACUGCAGGAAUAUUGUCUGUAUUGUAGAACUGCAUAUAUUAAUUGAUUGCAUAUUGAUCAUUAAAGGGAAACAGUCCUGUUUUUCAAUGCAUUACAAUAUAUUAUAAUGCAAAUAUUACUAUAAAAAUGAGAAAAAAAGUUAUUUACUUUCUUUGAUGGACUGAUAAGUGGGUGCUCGCAGAAGCAACCCUUCCCUCAUCGGAAAGAGUCUCAUAUCCCAUAACCCUACGAGAUAAGUAGUUUAUCCCAAAGGGUAGUUUAACUCAUCCCUUGGGUUCUAUAACCUUUUCAGUAGCCAGCUCACUGUAUAGAAAACUGGCUGGCUGUGUGCAGUUGUUUGUAGAGGUGUUGUUGUGAAUGUGGCAUACACGUGGUGCACAUCAGAACUGGACAAAAUAAACACAGGCAAACUGGAACUGUCAAUCCUGGUUGUCCAGUUGCCAACAUUAAUGGAACAGGCUUACAGCUGCAGUGAUUUUUACAACAUCACUGCAGUUCUAACACAAUUUACAGCUGGGAGUAGGCUUGGGUGCUCUGUGCACCUUUUAUGUUCCUUAGAAUGACUUUAUUUUCUCCAGUUUACCAAGACUUGUUUGAACUCAGCUCUGUACUUACCAGGAAUAUUAUCAUAACCAUGUGAGCCAACUGAUGGACAUUAUUUCUCUCUUACUGCUCCAGUAAUUCUGAAUUAUUGUAUCUCCAUUGACCCAAAUUAAAUAGGUCACAUUGUGAGGCCAUGUUAUUUUAGCGUCUGCAUAGUUUGAGUUUAGGCUGCGAGAUGGACCAGACAUUCCUUCUCUCAUCGGAGACAUCUUUUAUACAGCUGGUUAAAGGGAAGAUUCUGGGGUACAGAAUAACCCUUUGGAAAUGGGGAUUCGACAAAUCAGAAUUCCCUGUGUAAAUAUGGUAAAUCUGGUGUUUAGUUGUCUUUAUCUUUAGCCAAUGUAGUUCUGGUACUAAUAUUCCUUAUAUCCGUAGGCUGAGCAGGAAGCCAGUAGAUAUAUUUUCAUAGAUUACUUUUUCUUUUAUCAAAUAUACAAUAAGAUAAAGAAUUACGUUUUAUGUCAUGAUUUUUUAAUGUAGUGAAGUCUAGCACCAACUGUUUUAAACAAACUAAUUCUGUGUUUCGUAUGGUUUUAGCAACAUAAUAUAUUUGUGAUGUUCAAAAUAUAUUAUUUAUAUUAGUAAUCUGCGACAUGGUAAUCUACAGUGUAUGUAUUGUAUAUGUAUCUCAAAUUUCCAAUCACAUUCUACAGCAGAAAAUAUUGAUGUAUCAGAUACAAUCUUUGCAGCAGGAUGUGUUUGUUUGUACAGAACGGAAGUAUUGAGAAAACUUCAACAUCAAAAAUUUAAGUUACUUACAGUUUUGUUUUAAUGCCCAAAGCAUGCGAAAAUCUUAACAUGAAAAUAUGCAAACAGCAGAGAUCAAGACAUGCUUUACAUUGGCACAAAAAGCAGUAAAUGAUCUAUUCUUUUAAUCAAAUUAAUUAGCAAAAUUGUCAUAAAAAACAAGGGUGUAAAUCCUGAAAUGUAAAUGUCAGCAUAAAUGGAUUUCUUAGACUCUUGGAUUCAACCCUAACAAAUGAUAUCACUUAUCACAUGGAGUGUGGUAAUUCUAACCAGAGGGUACCUUUUGAAAUUAGUUAUGUUAUAAAUAUGGUUUUCACAAAAUAAAACCUCUAUGUUAAUACAACAUGUCUCCGAACUCCAUCUCAUAACUUCUCCCUGUCCAUAUCCAGCUCUGCAACUCUUCCAACCAUGAUCAAGUACAUCGAAGAAAAUAACGGUGUGGACAAGAGAAUUAGCAGGUUUAUCCUGCCCAUCGGGGCCACAGUUAAUAUGGACGGAGCGGCCAUCUUCCAAUGUAUGGCUGCCGUUUUCAUUGCUCAAAUGAACAAUGUUGAUCUGAAUGCUGGACAAGUCUUCACUAUACUGUAAGUUAUCAAAUACUAUGUUAUAAUCUUACACUAACAAGGUACGUGAGUAGUAAUAAUACAUUAGCAAGAUACUCAAGUAGUAAUAAUAUAUUAGUAUCAGUGUAAAUCCACUUUCACAUAAAAUACUCAUAUUUGUCUGCAAUUAGUCCUGACAUAUAUUCUGCUGAGUAUUAUUGUAGAUAUGUUUAUCCCAUUCGUGUACAUUUACAGCUCUCUAACCUACUUAUGAGACUUUAUUGAAUGCAUUACUGUUUUGUUUUUUUCCCUUUAUUUUCCAAGGGCACAUUAUACAAAUAAAAUACACAAAAAAAGUUAUAUAAUUUUCAUUCAUGCCUGUUUUUGUUUUAAUAAAGUAACUAAAACAGUGCAUUCAUUUUGCCCCCAAAAAAUGGUUUUAAAAAGAUUAAAAUCCAUGAAAAAAGUUUUUUAUUUCGAGUUUUAAAUAUAGAUGUACUUGGUUUUAGAUUAUAUACUUACCAGCGGCUAAUGAUUGUUUAUCAUUCAUUUCCAGAGUUACUGCUACUGCUUCAAGUGUGGGAGCAGCAGGCAUCCCUGCAGGGGGCGUCCUGACCAUAGCGAUUAUUCUGGAGGCCAUCGGACUCCCUACCAAUGAUCUGUCAUUGAUUCUGGCUGUCGACUGGAUUGUGUAAGUUUCCAUAAAGCAAUGCUUUCAGCUGAUUCCCUGAGUCAAACUGUGUGACCUAUACAGAGUGAGUUAUUAGAGAAACCUUAUUCAAUGGGAAAUAUCAUUAACAAUUUAUAUAUAUAUUGUUAUUGACCUAAAUAACUUUUCAAUUGCUAUACAAACGACAUGUGUAAAUACCAUUAGACUACAUAGGCGUCUAGGAAUGGUUUUUCACGGAAAUUGUGAGUUUGGGCUGGAACCAAUAAAAAUUCACUUUUAUUCAUUUGACAAUAUUUGUUUCACCAUCUUGUUGUUACCUUAGGAUAAGAGAUUGCAAAGGUAAAUCAUGCAUUCAUACCAAAGACUGGCCACCUUCCAACUGUUAUAGCUCAGAAUGUAUCCCUUCAUAAUUUACAAGGGUGUGAAGAAAGUAUUUAUCAUCUCACAAGAAGAUGUAUAAAGGGUUACUUCAUGCACUAUGACUACUUCAGGGAUUUUAAGUGGUCAUGGUACCUGGAGUCUGUUUGCGCAGCGUUUCACUAUGAAACUCUGCACAUACAGAGAGAAUGCUCUUUGUUGCCGCAGAUGUUACUUCAUCUUUAAUCAUCAGAGCAGUAUUAGCUAGACCGGAACUCUUGAGUAUAUAUUAAUGUUAAUUCUGUGCAUAGCUAGCAUAUGCUGUCUGCACAAACAGCAUGCUAGUCACAGACAGCCAAUGGCGACACCCCUCUCUGCCCAAGUCCUCCCCUCAGCCCACCUCCAGGUUUUUCCUCAAACUCCAGUGAGGGGGAGUGACACCACCGUAAGAGGAUGGGUUGCCGGGAGAACUUGGCCUAGGAGCUGGUUUGAGGUGAGGUUUUUCAAUUUCUUUUUUGGGGGAAAGUGGGCGGGAAGGGGGUGACAUACGAGUAAGGAUUUCUCCAUCCAAAAAUAGUGUUUUUUAAAAUACUGUUUUUUGGUUAGCAUAACCCUUUAAAUUUCUUUCUUUAAUCCCCAUAUAUCUACCCUUUCUUCAGUGUUGUUUUUUAACCCUAAAAGCUAAAAUAGUGUGAUAAUUACAAAAAUUAUCUCUACCCUAAAACCGCAAGUGUUAUAUGUGCUUUGUUUGCCUUUCAAGGGACCGAACUACAACCGUGGUAAAUGUUGAAGGGGAUGCUCUUGGAGCCGGAAUUCUUCAUUAUCUCAACCAAAAGGAAAUUGCAAAAAAACAGCAGGAGCUCACUGAUGUUUACGUCGAGGCUGUGCCCAACUGCAAGUCUGAAGACGAAACAUCUCCCCUUGUAAUGCACAAGGACCAGACUCUAAACCCAUCCCGCGUUACUGUGCCAGAAUCAAAGGAGUCCGUUCUGUGA